UUGAGUGAGCAUGAUAUAUUAUAAAUAGCGCUGCUAAAAUUUCGGCAUCAAGAAUCUCGCAAAAAAACACCGGAGAAAAUAAAGAAAGCAGAGGCAAAAAAGGAUUGUUAAUUGGCCCAAUAGAUUAAAGAUGAACGUGGCAACAAUCUAUCUACUUCUGGCGUCAAUUAUGUUUGGAAUUGAAGCAGCUCAAUUUACUCAACUUAAAUGUUUUCAGUUUCGCUACAAAUUGGGACAGCAGCAAUGUGAACCAAAAAAAGGUUUCAAAGGUGAUUUAGUACCAUGCUACAACUUGUGCAACGAAAAAUUGGUUAAAUUUGAAGACUGCGAUAAACAUCCCGCUAAUAUGCAUUGCUGCGUUCACGACUGCAGAUGCGUCAUCAGAGGAGCCGGAUUUGUUGAAAUUCCUCAAAACUAUACACUUUCUAUCGACGAUGAAAAAUUAUCGCAGUGGAUGAAGACCGAAGUAGAAGAAGGAUGUGAGCCAAAAAACGAAUAUCCUUCAUCGGCAAAUAUGACUGAGUCUGAAAAUACCAAGGCAAUAAUACAUGGCGUUCAAACAACAGCAACAGCCAUAGGAUCAAGCGAUAACAAAGAAACACGGAAACCACCCAUUGCUAGCCAAGAGGAAACUUCCAAAACACCUGAAGAAAAAAGCCCAGAUAAAACAACUACCGCAAAUACUAUACAACGCAGCACGACCACAAAAACAAAAAAUCGAAAGGCAGUGAAGACGUCCGCGGCCAAAUGUGCCACAAAAGAUCAUAUCAUAUCGCGAUUUGCAAGAAAAAUGACUGGAAUAUUCAAGCAGAUGGGUUUUGGUUGGCAAAUGAAAGUCGUCGAAGGGUGCAAUUGAUGGCACUUGCUACAUCGUCUGUCAAAUCUGAAUUUUCCAAUUAAUUCUAUGUAAAUUUCCUAUCGUGAAAGUAUCGUUUGACUAGCUGUAAAUAUGAUUUGAGCUUUUAAAUACAUAUUAUUAACAAGAACGGAA